UUCUCAAUGAAUUUUGCUAUGAUAUUAAUGAAUUUAAUAUUAUUGCUCGCCUGUAGUGUUUGAAAUGUCAUUGCGGUAAAAAACCUGUUGUCUUCAGCUGUAAUCUGUUCCAUCACAAAUUCACAAUUAUUUAUAGAAAAUCAUAGUACUUCAGAUAUCCAUAGCUUAUUUAUAUUAUCGGUUUUAUCUGAAGCUACCUUUUGUUCCAAGUCUUCAUAGCUCAUAGUAGUACAAAUUUGUGCUUGAUUAUGUGGACUCAGUUUACGCCAUGUGAUGCAAUGAAGCACUGAACAUGUUUUUGUUGUUCUUUUUUUUAAAUAAAUAAAUAAAUAAAAUAAAAUAAAAUAAAUCAAAUACUAUGCAAUCAUGUAUUGUAUGUCAAUCCAAUUAUUUGCACUCACUUUCAUAAAGUGCUAUUUGAAUUGUACAUCACAUUUUACUAGUAUAACUAGAGAAAGUUGCAUACUUGUUUAGACAACCGAUUGGAAGCCAAUCUCACUUUUUUCUGUUUUGUUAUAGUUUCCUGCUGAUUACAUUACAUGUUUACUUUGUGUUAGGAAUUUGUUGAUUCAUAUGGUAAUGAAAUUGACUAAUAAUGCAUUAGAUCAUACUUUCUAUAAAUAAAUAAAAUUCAUAUAGUGUGGCAAUAUAAUGAUGAAUUAGGAAAUGGUCCCUCCCUCCAACCCCAUCAUAAUGCUAGCAUUUUAGAUACUGCAAUUACUGUAGAACAGCUAGUUGAUAAUACUUAAUUUAGCUAUCUGAUUGAGACUUUGUGGUUCAGCUUUAGUAAUAGCUGGAUGUGUUUAGAACCUCUGAUAACCCAGAAAAGUAAGCUUAUACUUCUCUACAAAGACUAGUUUUUAUGAGAUGUAGAUAUGUUGACUUAAUGAACAACCUUGGAUGCUUUGAUAGAGUGAACUGAUCUUUAAAAACAUUGAUGCUCAUUUUCUUCUCUUUACUUUUUAUUCUAUCUCCCAGAAAGCCUCUUUGAUUUUGUAUAUUGAUUUAUCAGAGUCCAGACUCCAGAGAACUGUGAACUGAAGCAAAUAAUGAGUAACAGAACAUACUUAAGGAGGAAAAGGCCUGUGGAGACAUCUGACGACCCGGGUGAAGUGAAAUCAUGGAGAUUCUUGAGAGUUAUGCCAACUUCCAAUCUUCAAGAAAGCAUGCAGAGGAUCCCUUGUGAAUUUGCCAGCAAAUUUCGGUCCAAGUCAUCUGUAUCUGUCUCACUCAGUGGUGCAAACAACUCCUGGAUUGUCAAAGUAUCUAAGAAAAAAAACAAGCUCCAGUUCUGUACCGGGUGGGACAAAUUUAUUAAGGAUAAUUCCGUAGAUGAUGGAAGUAUGAUCUUAUUCAAAUAUAAAGGAGAUUGUAGAUUCAAAUUUUGCAUAUUUGAUCCUGCUGGCUGUGAAACUCUACCAUGUCAUAUCCAUGAUGGAAAACAAAAGAUUGACUCUUGCAGUGAGAAAAGGCGAGAAGUAUAUGAGGAAGACUUUGAGGAAAAACCUUUGCUGAAUCCUCCUAUGAGCUCGAGCAAGGAGGACGUCAAUCAUGCCAUCAAUUACGAGGACAACACCAAACUUGAGGAAUUUUUGGUCUCCUUGAAGAAUCCCUUCUUUUUUGCUAAGAAUAGCUCUAGAAGCGAACUGGUGAUUCCUAAAGAAAUCAUAUAUACUUUCGGAAUCCAAUUUGAUGAGCCAUUUUCAAUCGAAGAUCCAAAGAAAAGGAAUUGGGAAGUACGAGUAGUAACCUGGAAGGAUGGUAGGGUAAGGCUCACUGGUUGGAACAAAGUCCGCAAAUGUAACUUGAUUACAGACAAGGAUGCCUGUGUCUGUGAGCUCAUUCCUACCAAUGUGCCAACUUACGGUUCCAUCAAGGUGCAUAUAUUCCGGAAUCAGAAAAAACCGGCUACAUUCUGAUAGAUUAGAGCAUAGGUCAUAUAAGUGAUUUCUCAUUUCUAAUGACUGAAGGAAAGCUCCUGUCAUGAAUUAGCUGUUAGUUUAUAAUAUACUCUGUACUGGAUUUGUAAAUUUAGAUGACAAAACUGAUGUUGAACUUCCUGCUUAUUAAGAGUAGUAAUAUCAUCUUUAACUCUUUGCCAGGACCUUCUAGCAGGUUUUAGAUUUUACUUGUAUUAUCUUGUAUCUUUGGAUGGCUCAUAACCUCAAAGUAUGAUAAAUGCGACUUAGGUUGUUCAAGUUUAAUCUAGUCAAGUUCGGACUGUUUAUCGUGUUGGGCUAAAAAGGACAACACUA